AUGCUAUUAUCAAGGAUAGGAUAUGGUAUUAGAGCCAGUCCUUUCAGAUACCUGAAGGUUAAUAUGCUAGGGUUGUCGCUUUCCCAGCGGUUUAAAUCGAAUUUACCAGAAGACUUUAACCCGAAGAAGGACCUACCAACUAGUGGAGAAUGGAAGCAUAUGAAACACCAUAUACCAGGAGAGGCCGAACACAAGAACGAUUUGAAAAGUCGUAUUCCAAAAUUUCCACUCGGUAAAGAAGCUGUUCCUACGUUAUUGCCUAGACCUGGAGUUCCCCAGGUUGGACCGAAAUAUUCAUUCAGACAAGUGGUUCAGAUUUUGAAGAAUAAACAGAAACCAGAAUUGAUUUACGAAGCCGAACCGCACAGAUUGUACUUCUUAGCAUCGUUCUGCUGUUCGCUCGUGUUCGCUGUUUAUGGGUUUGUUCUUUUGGAAUAUGCGUAUUUCCAGGCUAACAAAGAUUACGAAGAAAAUGACCAGGAGCUUAGUGAGCCGAUCAGAAAACGUGAAUGGUUCAUUUCGCUCAUCAAGUACUCUACUCUCGGUGUGAUUGCAUUGGUAGCUGCUACCGGGUUUGCAAAGUUUCCAACUAGAUUGGUCAGAAGAAUGUGGUAUUUGCCGGGCCCAGUCGAGCAUGUCAAAUUCACGUCAUAUCCCCUUUUCCCUGGGGCACCUACACCUGUGAUCACUCUUCCACUUAGCUCGAUAGCCAGAAAACAUACUGCCCGGGUAUGGACUGGAAAAGGGUUCUACGGAACCGCCGAUAAUUCCAUGUUCUUCUUUGUUCUUAAAGAAACGGGCGCCAAGUCAAGGAACUGGAUUGUUGACAGAAAGGGGUUCUUCUGGUCUGACGGGCGUGUAUUUGACUUCUUAUUUGGCAAAGAGACCAUCGCUGAGGCUGAGGCGGGCAUUCCGUACGACGAGCAGGUCGGUAUAGUCAAUAGAGAGGUUGAAAGAAAGAGAAAAGAGUUGCGGGCCAAACACGGAUUCUUCUACAAGUGGAAAAUCCAGGCUCAGGAUAUGAAAAAGGACGUGCAAGGAGCCACUAACUAUGUGAACCAGUUGAGAAGUCCCAAGAAACCUAAGACCACCAAUCAAAUUGAUGGCAAGAAAAAUAACCUGUAA